UUUUAUUAUAAAAAAAUGCAGGACCAGAAAACUAUAUGUUUCUGUAGUUGCAGUUCUGCAAUUGUGCAAUAUUAGGUUGAGAAUUUCUGAUUUAUAUGUCUGUAUGUGUUUUUUGCGAAGUGCAAGAUGAAUCAACGUAGAGGACGAAAACCAUAUGGACCACAAAGGGAUUUAUACAGGUCAGGUCCAAUUUUAGACAUGCUUCGUCGAGAUUCACUUAGCAUGAAUUCUGAUCCAUAUGAUGAUCCAAUGCUAUUACAUGGUCUUGAUCCACUGUCCGUACAAGCACAAGUCAUUGUUAUUGAUCCUGAAAGAAGGUGCCGUGACUAUGCGGAAAUGUUUCUAAGCAAGCUCAAAAGAACAGGAUUAAUCUGUGAUAUUGUAAUAUUGGACAAAUUCACUUCACCAAGUCAGGUGAUAGAUGAUGCUACAGCCACCGGACUACUAUAUACAGCAAGUGUCAAUUUGCAGAAUGAAAUCCAUCAAUCUGUCACUAUAAAUAUUCUGCAGGGCCAGCCACAAGAGCAUCGCAACAUGCCGUAUGAGGAUGCGCUUAAGCUUAUAUCUCGCAACUUCGACGCACACUUGCUAAAGCUCGCUGGAUCCAAACCUGAUCCGGCACUUUCUCAACCUCUAGGAGAAAUGACGGACAAGCAUGGAAUCGAGGAGAUCGAUCCCACACUCAGUCUUCUGCUCAUCAAUUUAGCUGAGGGAAAGAAUCUGCGGUUGGCUGACCUGGACAAAGUCAUUGGCUUUCUUAAUCAAAAGCGUGCUCGAUUAACAGGCUCGAGCAGCCCCAAACGUCCCAUCUCCACAACUUAUCAAAAUAAGCAAUCCAAACCCUCUUCAACCCCAACCAAUGCACCCAAGCCAGUGCAGCCACCCAGCAGUUCAGCACCAAUAGUAUCAACACAACAAGCAGAAGAGCUCCAAGCUAAAAUAACCCAAUUGUUUGGGAACAGAAAUAAGCAACAGUCAACUGUGAAACCAGUUGUUGCAGCAGUAAGUUCUCCUAUUCAAUCUAGUUCUGCGCCAUCUUAUGCUUCAUCGUCAAGUUCAUCAGAUCGAAAGUCAAAAUCUGUAGGAAUAGACUUCAAUAAUCCAACAGUACAGAAUGCAUUACAAAACUUGAUGAAAACUGGUCCUAAUAUCUUGAACAACAUUCGAAGCACAGGUGAAAGCAGCACUUCAAGUAGCAACACUAAGACUGAAUAUGAUUCUGACAGGGAUGAUUAUAAGGAUGAUAGCCGACCUGCGAAACGCGCUAAGCCAGGAAGGCAUGCUAUUGCUGGGUUUUACUAAUUAAAUCUGUUGGGUCUCACAACCAUAUUUUCGAUUUUCAAGUUCCUUAUUUUUGUUGAACACUUGAUGGUGAAGUUGAUUCAUGUAUUGCCACAAAGCCACGUUUGAGAGCCAAAACUUCAAACAUCAGUUUAUUCCUUGUGCCAGGGAUUAUCAACCUUUAUUCUCUUGUUUAUCUUGCAGCGAAAUUAACUCCUAAAUUUGUAUACUGUCUAUUCCAUGUAUACUCUAUAAGUUCUGCAAGGCUAUGGAUCUUAUCCAACCAUCCUAUCCAUAAAUUACUCAACAGAGAAAGUUGUAAUCUUGUACAUGUUUUAAUCCUCUGCAUGGUCAACGUCACAUUUGGUCAUGCAUUUUGCUUGUGAAAUUUGUCUCCAAUACAGGUUUAAUUGGCCCCCAAGAGGUUAAUCUACCCCAUUUAAGGUCACAUUUGAAUAAAUUGUUUAUGGAUGUCAUUUGCUGGUAUAUGAAAUUUAAAAAUUAAUUCCGGAUUAUUAAUUUUAACGAUGCAAUUAUAAUAAAGUGAAAUAAAUUUUGUUCACUGUUGAUUUUUUUAUGAUGGGUCAUUUUUCAGAGCAUAAACAUGCAAAAGAAUGUAUUUUGGUUGAUUGUUAUAUCCAAUUAAGAGUUUUUUUUCCUUCUAAUACAAACUGCAGCAGCGCCUUAGUAGUAGUGUCGUUCCUAUUUCUCAAAUUCGAUAUUUUGCUUCCAAGUUUGACUAGCUAAUAGUAAUCUGCAUUUCGUAGUCACAACUUUAAUUUGUAUGUCAUAUUUAGUAGCAACACAGCUGAGACUAAUAGUAUGAUAAAAUUGUGUAAGUAAUAAUGAACUGAAGAUUUCCAUAAACCUUUUAGCUCUACAUAUCAGUGGGUGCUUGUGUAUAGCCCUGUUUUGUGCGUAUUUGCUUGUGUUUCUUUUUCAUUUCCUUGUUUUUAUUGAAUAAAAUUCUACUCACAUGA